AGCAACUAUCCAGUCAUAACUAACGUAUUUGACACGGAUUGGUGCAACCACCUGUGGGUAGACGCAAGCCCAGCGUCUGCUCCUGGCAAAGGUGAAACCAUGGAGUCUCAACACGUGAAACUUCAUCAGGGAGGCUCUGACCCUGGAUAUGUCAGCUUUAAAAACGAGCCAGAACAUGGAGAGCUGCUGAUGGAAGACGUUCAUAUUCCUUCAGAAAUGCAGAUUGUGGGGAACUCUACUUCAUAUCCUCUUCAACCAGGCGGCUUGCAAAACAGUGGCAAAAAUGCCGUUAGCCAGCGUGACUUGCAGGGAUUACAUUUUCACGCAAAUUCAGACAGCAGGAAGUCCCGCGCCCGCUUCACGCGGGAGGAAGAGAGGGCCCUCCUGGCGGGGGUGGUGGAGCGCUGGGACGAGCUGUACGGGUAUCAGAGCCAGGCCCUCCCCCGCGGCGCGAAGACGCGCAUCUGGAACGACAUCGCCGCGCGGCUCUCCGGCUCCUCCAGGGAGGUGAGGGACGGCGAGGAUGUGCGCAAGAAGUGGCUCUACACCAAACUGACGCUCAGGAACCGGCUGCGGGCUGCCAGCCAGCUGGGCCUGGGCGCGUACCCGCCCGACCUCAGCCCCCUGGAGCAGCGCGUGCUGGCGCUGAUGGGGCACGACAGCGGCGGCAGCGUGGACGCGCCGGACAUCGGCUUCGGCCCGGUCUCCGGGGAGGAUAUCCGGCCCCUCACCCUGCAGGGAGCAGAGGACCUGGACACCGUCGGCUCCACCAGCGACACGGAGGUGGACGGCAGCCAGGAUGAGCCGCAAGAGGAGUCAGCUCCUCCAACGUACAUUACUGCUCCUGCUGCCCCUGCCUCCGUCCCCUCCCCCAUCUCCACCACUCCCUCCACCUCUGCCUCUACCUCCAGCUCCCAGCGAAAGAACGCCCGUCCAGAGGACCCCCUGGCUCCCGCCCUGGCAGCGAUCAAGAACCGGCAGGACAGGUCCAUUUCCCUGUACAAAGAAGCCAUAGCGGUGUUGCGCUCGCUGGCCGCGGACGUGCGCAGGUACGUGGACUACAUGCUCUCUAUGGGCGUGCCUGAGCACACGCCCGAGGGCGCCUCGCGGAGGGAAUCGUCCUCCAAGCAGCCUAGCACGCUCACGAACACCACCCCCCAGCCAGCGGGAUCCUCCAGGCCUCAGUCUCCAUCCCCAUCGCCCAACCUGGCUCCUCCUGCGCCCCAAGUGCCAACACCAGUGGAACAGCCCCCCUCCGCAGCCCCCACGCAUCCGCCCACACACCCCAGCGCUUCCUUCUCACGGACUGUCCCACAGCAUCCCAGCUCAGCCCCACCCCUACCCUCUUUCCCACUAAUUUGCUCUUAUCACAUUAUGCCUCAGUUCCCCACCAUGUCCUUCCCCGCAUAUUAUUCAGGUCCACAGUCUUCUACGCACCAGUUUUCCCCCCAGUCCAACCUAACCGCCACACAUCCACCCACGGCUCCUCCCGGCUACCAGUACGCGCCUGCGGUCACGCUGGUAGCCCCUCCCACUUUCUACCCUCCACCCUCUCCUUUCGCAGCCCCCUCCGUCUUCCAUGACCCGCCCCCUCCCUCGUUCUACCCCGCACCUCCCAGCGCUCCAUCCGAUCCGACUCAGUCGCCUGUGAACUGUGCUCCUUUCCUCAGCUCCCAUGCAUCUCCACAGAACCUCAGUUCAUCUCCGAUCUCCGGCUGUCAUCCUUACCAGAAGGCAGCGUGGAGGGGGAGAGGCGGAGGCUUGGUGCGGAAGCGUUGGGGUCGAAAAGGAGGCUGCUCGUACCCCUCAGGCAGGAGCAGAGAGCUCUGCUGAAAUGGACAG